AUGAAAUUUCUGUCUUGCUUAGUUUUUGGUAUUAUCUUGGUUGCUGAGACAUAUGCAACAACUCCAGCAUGUUAUGGCCCACCAGGAGAGCCGGGAGAUCCAGGACCAGAUAGCACAAUUACAGGUGACCCAGGUCAUCCUGGGCCUAAAGGCCAGAAAGGUCCUCCUGGCCAAGAAGGUCCUUGCGGUCCAGCAGGCCCCAACGGUUUACCAGGGCUCACAGGAGAUCCAGGAAUACCAGGACCACCAGGUGCAACAGGGAAGAAAGGUUUUAAAGGAUACUGCGGUCCAAUGGGAGCUAAAGGAAUAGCUGGCGACAAAGGUGAUCAAGGACUACCUGGUGCAGAAGGAAAUCCCGGUCCUAAUGGAGAUCCAGGAACCCCAGGUAAUCCAGGACUUAACGGCGACGUGGGCGACCAAGGCAACCCUGGUCCAAAUGGUCCACAGGGAGAUGAAGGACCACAAGGUCCAGCUGGUAGUGAUGGAGGUGUGGGACAACCAGGCGGUCCUGGUGACGUUGGUGAUAAUGGCGAUGCGGGUGCAAAGGGUCAAGUUGGUCCAAUAGGUCCACAAGGGCCAAAAGGGGCGAAGGGUUGUGUUGGCGAAAAGGGUUCACAAGGACCAAAAGGCGCAUGUGGUGAUCCUGGAGAUCCAGGACAGCCAGGAGCUCAGGGAAAUAAAGGGCAGCCUGGUGACCAAGGCUGUGUAGGAUCAUAUGGCGACAAAGGUGUAAGUGGAGAUCCUGGUGAUCCUGGUGCUCCAGGUGAUGUAGGAGCUCCUGGAGUUAAAGGAGUUAAGGGUUGCAGAGGACCAAAUGGAGAUCCAGGUAACCGAGGUGAACCAGGAGAUCCGGGAGCCCCAGGUGUCUGCACAGUGUGUAGUCCAAGUCCUGCUCAAUGUAAGAAAGUUCAAGCGAAAAUGGAUAAUGCUUCUCACCAAAUAAUGUUGAACAGCCUCGAUAAAUUAUAUCAAUCUACGAUGACUGGCAUUGCAUACGGUCAGACGCCAUGCAUGUGCUGUCCAUGCCCUCCAGGGCCAAAAGGGGAUCCAGGUCCCCCACCAGAUCCGAGUUCCUGUCCGCCAGCUCCAAAAGGUGAAUGUGGAACGGCUGGAAAUCCUGGAGCAAUCGGCGAUCCCGGCCUCCCUGGAAGCCCAGGUCUACCAGGCAUUCCUGGCGCUAAAGGUGGCGUAGGAUGUGACGGUAGUCCAGGACUUCCGGGAACAAAUGGAGCUCCGGGUCCAAAUGGACCACCAGGUCCUCCCGGUAAACAAGGCUGUAAAGGAGCACCUGGAGAUGCUGGAAGUCCCGGAAAUCCUGGCGGAAUCGGUCCUAAAGGAUCAAAUGGACCAGACGGCGAUAAAGGUGAUAAGGGAUGUCAAGGACCUGUUGGUCCAGUAGGCGACAAAGGAGAUAUAGGACCUGUAGGACCACCAGGUGCAAAUGGAGAUCCUGGUGCUGAUGGACCAAAAGGAAAUCGUGGACCAAAGGGUGAAGUAGGUGACAACGGAGACCCAGGUAUUAUUGGACUACCUGGAAACCCUGGAGAUGUUGGAAGUUGUGGUGCAAAGGGAGUCACCGGAUUACCGGGUCCAAAUGGUCCAAAAGGUAAUCCAGGAGCACCUGGUGAUCAAGGUCCAACUGGUGCCAAAGGUUCUGUUGGAGAUAACGGUGAUAAAGGAAGUCAAGGUCUUAAAGGCGCAAAAGGCGAACCUGGAGAUAAAGGAAAAACCGGUCAAAAAGGAGCUGUUGGUACCCCAGGAGCACCUGGUGCACCAGGUGACAAAGGUCAAACCGGACAGAAAGGACAGCCUGGACCAAAUGGAGUAUGCCCAGAUAUAUGCAAACCAACAAAAUCUAAGUGCUUGGCUCAAUGUUCUGCUAGAUGCAAUGCUAAUUUAUAUAAAUGCCGAUUUUUUAACAUUGAUGAAAUCCUAUUAACUGAAAUCAAUAAAAAUGUGGCAUCGGCUAUACCUGAUACCGCAACUUGUACGGAUUUACCUUGUUGUCCAUGUUUACCAGGCCCAAAAGGAUGUCCAGGUUUCCCUGGAACGUGUUAUGCUGUACCUGGUAUUGAUGGAACACCAGGUGAUGAUGGCGACAAGGGCGAUCCAGGUCCAGUUGGAGAUCCCGGAGAAAAUGGCGUCGCUGGUGUUCCUGGCAGAAAAGGAGAUCCGGGCCCAGUCGGUGCUCCUGGAUUAAGAGGAGACACGGGAGAUCCAGGAGACCCAGGUCCAAAUGGUCAAGAUGGCGAUUGUGGUUGCAAAGGAAAUACGGGAUCCCCAGGCGGUCCUGGACCAGAUGGAGCUCCAGGAGCCCAGGGUAAUCCUGGUAGUAAAGGAGAAGCAGGCCCAUGUGGUGCUCCAGGCAAUCAAGGACAAAAAGGCCAACAAGGACCUGCAGGAGAUCCAGGUGUUAAUGGAGUACCAGGUCUACAAGGUCCACAAGGACCUGACGGUACCCAAGGAGACAAAGGACAAAAAGGACAACCAGGAGCUCAAGGACCACCCGGACCUAAGGGCGAAACGGGUGAUGUUGGACCAAAUGGGGAACCUGGGGACAUUGGAAAACCUGGUUGUCCUGGAGAUGAUGGACCCAAAGGACCACAAGGUACUGUUGGCGACUCUGGUGACAAAGGAGCAAAAGGUGAACAAGGCGGAACUGGAGAUCCCGGAUCUAAAGGUAAAAAAGGCGUUGCAGGACCAAACGGUACACCAGGACCAGUUGGAGCUCCUGGCGACCCAGGUGACAAAGGAAGCACUGGAUCUACUGGAUCGCCGGGUCCACUUGGUCCACCUGGUCCUAAUGCUCAAUGUCCAGUUCAAACACUUGAUCAAUGCGUGAAAGGAUGUGCAAGCUCAUGUUCAAACAUGUGUAAAGCGGCUUUAAAUAUGUAA